AUGCCCAGAAUAACCAUCAAAACCCUGCCAGCCGUCCUGGCCCUCCUCCUCUCCUCCCCAACCGUUCUCUCCGCACCAGUCAACACCAUCGACCGGAGACAAUCCAACUGGGACGCAAGUGGCGCCACACACGCAGGCUCAAACAUAGACGCCGGAAUCCCCGGCGGGCCAUCCUACAACAACAAUGACUUCUUCUCAAACGAAUACUCCAAGUCCCACGGCCACUCUAAUCCCGGAAACCCAUCAAACUCCCAGUCCGGACACACAGAAGCCGGCUCGAACACCAAUGUCGGCAUCCCUGGUGGUCCCUACGUGAACCUGGGCAACUACUUCGAUAACACCUACUCGAAGACGGAGACAUAUACCCCUCCUCCACCUCCUCCUGCUCCUCCUGUCACAUCAAACCCUCCUCCUCCAUCUACACCUGAGGCCCCCCCGCAGCAAGAAGAGGUCCCAACACCCUCUCUCCCGCUGCCCCCGCCACCAACUUCGACCCCUCCCACUGUGAACGAGUACACCCCUGUUCCAGUCCCCAGCCCACCUGCCGAGACUCCAAGCGAGAUCCCCGUUCCCCCGGAGUUUGCCCCCGAAGAGCCCGAGGAAGUCGGAGCCUGCAUCGUCCCGGAGCUUGAAUACGUACCCGAGACCGAGCCAGAGAUCGUCCAUGAACCCGAGGACCUAGAGAAGCCCGAGAUAUCCCCUGUGCAAGGGUGUUCAUGUGCUUAG